AACGUGACCAGUCUCGAUCCUACGUCGGUGCCGUCGAGUCGUUGUACGCGGCCGUCUUUCGUUCGUGGUCAAUCGUGCGCGUUUCGCGUGUGCCCCGUCAAUCGUCUAAUCGUUCGAUCGCCAUUCGUAUCGAUCAACGUGCCCAUCAUCUCCAGUGCUGUUGCGCACGCCAACACGACACUCGUCUUGUCCGACGUCAAACGCUUUUCUGCCAACCGCCUCGCGUCGCCCAACACUUCGGAUGAUGCCGGUGCACAGGUGACCGCAUCGCGCAUGUUAUGGGUCGGACAGUGCAGGGGUUACCUAUAAGUACACGGUCAUAUACGCGUAUCAUGAUGCUGUUUCUCGUAUUGUUGAUGGUUGCGUGCGUCGCGAACACUCACCAAACCGAACCGGAACAUCACGUUAUCCCGUAUAAAGAUGUAAUGUCUACAGCCGACACGUUCUCGGAAGAUGGCGUGACGUCGUAUUCUCAGUUGCUUUUCGAUAUCGCCAGGAAACAAGUGAUAGUCGGUGCAAGAGACAACAUAUACCGUCUGGAUUUGGAAGAUUUGAAAAAGAUCGAGGCCGCCCAAUGGCCUGCCCCGGAGAAAAAGGUCGAGAUGUGUCUGGUGAAAGGCCAGAGUGCCGACAACUGUCACAAUUACGUCAAAGUUCUAUUGUCCGCGGGCAAACGGUUGUUCGCAUGCGGCACCGGAGCAUUUUCGCCUCAGUGCACGUGGAGAGAGAUGGAAAACGCCAACAACAUCACCGAGACGGUGCGUGGGGUGGGCAAGUGUCCGUACAGUCCACUGUCUAACAUCACGGCCAUGAUCACGCUCAACGGCCAAUACUUUGCGGGCAGUCCGAUGGAUUUUUCCGGCGGGGACUCGGUCAUCGUCCGGGAUUUGGGCGCCUCGUAUCUGAGGACGAAAAACUACGACGCCAAAUGGUUGAACGAGCCCCAGUUCGUGGGUUCGUUCGAGACCGACGCCUACGUGUACUUCUUGUUCAGAGAGGCCGCGGUGGAGUACAUAAACUGCGGCAAGAGGAUUUACUCGAGAAUCGCCAGGGUGUGUAAAAAUGAUGUGGGCGGACAGACCAUACUGCGAGACAACUGGACCACGUAUAUUAAGGCCCGUUUGAACUGCUCGUUGCCCGGUGAAUAUCCGUUUUACUUUGAUGAAAUCCAAGGCAUGACCUAUCUGCCGGACGAAGGAUUAGUGUACGCCACAUUUACUACGCCCAGCAAUGGUAUAGCCGGAUCGGCCGUGUGCAGCUUCAACCUCACUGCUAUAAAUGCGGCGUUUAAUGGACCGUUUAAGCAUCAAGCCACCGUCGGCUCGGAAUGGGUACGGUUCAAUCCACCGCAUCAACUCAACCACGGACACUGCCAAAGGCAGGAUCCGAAUCAGAUACUUGACUCGUCGAGAUACCAACUGAUGGACAAUGCUGUGCAGCCCUCCACGAUGGAACCAUUGUACUACAAACCCUUGGAGAUCUUGACGCAUAUCGCUGUGGACGUUGUGCCGACAAAACCGCAUGGUUCGCUGAAAGUCUUGUACGUGGCUACCACCGAAGGGACCGUAAAGAAGAUCACGAUCCUCCCAAAGACUUCGGUUACUUGCACAUUAGAAGAAUGGAACAUAUUCCCCGAGAGUUCUAGUUCUUCGAUCAUGGCAUUACAUUAUUUGAAAAUAACGGACUCGAUAUACGUGGGUACACGUGACCAGGUGCUAAAAAUCCCUGCCCAGCACUGCGGCCGGCACAGGAGCAAGGAGGCGUGCAUGAAUGCGAUGGACCCGUAUUGCGGGUGGAAUGAGCACGUGGACAAAUGUCAGCCACCGACCAACGGUAACAUCUUGGAGCACAACUGGAGGCAGGACGUCACCAAGUGUCCGGACCGGUCAAGGCCGAUCGACGGAGGCUGGUCCAGCUGGUCGGCUUGGACCGCGUGCACGCAAAACUUCAACGGAAAAGAGUCUACCGACCAGUGUUUGUGUUCGAGUAGAACGUGCACGAACCCCGAACCCAAAUACGGCGGAACCGAUUGCCAAGGACCUACGAUACAGGUGACUAAUUGCACUGUGCACGGACAGUGGUCCGGUUGGUCGGACUGGUCGGCCUGCACGCAGAGCUGCGGUUCUGCCGUGAAAGUCAGAAAGAGAACUUGUGGAAAUCCAGCGCCGGCGUUCGGUGGUCGCGUGUGCGUAGGACGAGACACGGAUGAAAUGUACUGCCAUUCGAAUCCCCCUUGUCCGGUCUCACCGCCCGUCGUCAAAGAACCCGGUUGGAGUGCUUGGACACCGUGGGGCAAAUGUUCGUCCAAGUGCGGUGGCGGCGUCCGCAUGAGGUCGCGGACCUGCAACAAUCCACCACCGCAGGAAGGUCAGGAUUGCGUCGGGUGUCCCGAGGAGUACGAACUGUGCAACCAGAAACCAUGCGUAGAUGUCGGUAGAAAGGUAUCGUCGUGGACGCCGUGGACGCCGGCCGGCAACGGUACGCACAAAAGGUACAGGUUCUCGUGCCGGUCGCAGCCGGAUCAAUCGACAAUAAAUAUUAUGCAGGACAAAGAGGAGAGCAGAUUCUGUCAAGACGGUUCGUGUCACAGGCUUGAUCAACCUUCGGAUUCGGAAGAUUCGUGGUCCGAAUGGUCUCCGUGGAGCACGUGUUCCGCCGAUUGUGGUGGUGGCGUUCAAAUCAAAACUCGAGUUUGUGACGGUCCUAUUGAGAAUUGCGAAGGAGUAGCGAAACUAUCCAGGCCUUGUAAUACACACAGAUGCAAAGGAGAAUGGAGUUGUUGGACGGACUUUGGUGAAUGUUCCGUGACUUGCGGUGAAGGCGUGAGAAAACGCACGCGCAGUUGUAUGUUGAAAGGUAUGAAUGCUGAGGGAUGUGAAGGUCCUUCGGAAAGCCACGAGCAGUGUUUCGUGCCUUGCCAGAGCAUGCAGAAUUUAGGCUGGGAUGACUGGUCGGAAUGGUCGACUUGUGACAAGGACAACCUGAAACAUAGAACACGAAGAUGUACCGUGGAACAUUGUCCUGGCCCUGCGGAUGAGUCUCGCCCUUGUUUCGAAACCAACGAGAUCGUAACCUCGAGUGGGUCCACGUUGCUGGUAUGCAUCUUGUCGUUCCUGACGGGUGCCACGUUGGCCAUUGUCGCGUUCUAUGCGUGGCAGAAACGUCAGAAGCCGAAGCUGCCCAGCAGCCCGCACUACAUCACCACCAAGCAAAACCCGUACGUGACGGUGCCGAUGAAGGACUACCGGACGCCGGCCAAGCGGACACCGUCGUUCACCAAGUCGUCCACGGUGGGCGUGCAACACGCCAACGGCACGCUGCCGAAGCUGUUCAACAAGACGCCGGACUACGAGACGGCCACCAUCAAGCGGAAUAGCCACAGCCUGGUGAACGGGCACAUGCGCACCAACCACCAGGACCUGGAACAGGAGAAGUUCUUCUGACCUGCGGCGUCGUCUCCGUGCCAUGGAUCGUUACGCGUACCGCGAUCACGACUGCUCGUCGUAAACUAGUCAGCGCUAAUCUUUUUUGUCAUCGAUUUCAAAUCUCGCCAUUCCCCCAUCGUUUUACCGUUACCCUGUGAAACGUUGGUGCGGCGCACGGUCGGACGUGCGAAACCAGCGGAGAUGUGACUGCCAAAAUCGACGGGAUCCUGUCGAGUAUCCCGUUUCCAUCUAUAUCCAACAGCGGAUUCGACCUGCGACGUGCGCCCUUCUGACAUUUUAACGUUCGCAGGAACAGCAAUCUCUCUAGAACACUAACCGUCUAUAUAUCCGUGUUGGUUUUCCCGCACGCGGUCUUGUCAGAUUACAUCUCGUGGUUUCCUGUCAAUUGAACGAUAGUGUCUGAUUUCAAAAGUAGCAUAACACACAUUUUAAUCAGUAUUGUAAUUUAGUAAUUCGAAUCGUAACGUUACGUUGCGCAAGGAUAACACGGAAUUAGAACUAAUUUUUUUCAUUUUCCCCUCCAAAACUUAAUACGUUUCGCGAAGUCUCCUUGCGGUUCGUGUGCACAUGUGUAGAGUUGAUGUACGUGGGUCAGAGAAUG